AUGGACCAAACUACCCUCCUCUAUAACCAGCCCCACCUUUCCUCCUCCUCCACCACCUCCGGCGGCGGCGCCGCCUCCUCCUCCGCCACGUCAUCCGAGACCCAGAGCUCUAAAUCCCGAGUAGAAAAAACCUCCAACGAGCCGACCUACCGAGGGGUCCGAAAACGGAAUUGGGGCAAGUGGGUUUGCGAGAUUCGGGAGCCGAAGAAGAAAUCGAGGAUAUGGCUAGGGACCUACCCGACGGCGGAGAUGGCGGCACGUGCCCACGACGUGGCGGCGCUGGCCGUCAAGGGCCCGUCGGCCUACCUCAACUUCCCCCACCUGGCCGAACACCUGCCCCGGCCGGCCUCCGCAGCGCCCAAGGACAUUCAGGCCGCCGCCGCGAAGGCGGCGGCGGCCGGUGAUCUAGCGGGAGAGGGUGAGGAGGGGCGGCGCCAGCUGGCGAGCUCCCACUCGUCAACGAAUUUGGCGGAGGAUUGCGCGGGGGAUUGGAGGGCCCACGACGACGAGGAGUCGGUUUUCGACCUGCCGGAUUUGGGGGUGGCCGCCGCCGUGAGGGGCGUUGACGGCGUUGACGAGUACUGUUGCUACGAGCCGACGUGGCAGCUGGCGGGGUGCGGCGAGUUUGAGUUCCGGCUGGAGGAUCCGUUUUCGUGGGAGUGUAAUUAG